UCAAAACCCAAAAUGUCAAGAAUGAAGAUGUCUAGGUUCACUUUGGUGGCCGCUCUGAGUUUAUGCUUGCUUCUUCUGGGUAUUUUGUACCCUGCCGAGGCAAUUGCAAGACCAAUUACUGAUAAUGCAGGAGCAGUACCCAAUUUCGUAUCACUUCAAUGUAUAGGUCGUCCUUGCCGUAAUGAUCAAGAGAGUAGUAAUAUAUGCAUAUCGUCAGGUUAUAGUGGAGGCGUUUGUCGGUCAGCAGUUGCUGCAUCACACGGCGAGGAGCAGGUUGAUGUUAAUCGAGGAAAAGUCCAAAGUUACAUGCAAUCUUGCUGUUGGUAGAAACAGAGCCCGGCCAAGCUUACAGGGUUAAGAGUCACUCUCUGGGUUGAUGACUCACGUUAUCUUUGUUGCACUGUCCCAUUUUUUUUUUUGUUGCACUGUCCCAAAUAAAUACAUUAAUAAACGAUCUAAUCAACCUUUUAUUUUUGUUGUUAUUAUUUUGAAACG